AUGUGUGAUCUCCUGAGAGACUUUGGUGCCAUGACAGAAAAAGUAAAAGCCAUGGAAAGGAGGCUGGAGGACAGUGAGGCCAGGCUACGGGACAGUGAGACCAGGCUACGGGACAGUGAGGCCAGGCUACGGGACAGUGAAAAAAGACUGACCAUCAGUGAAAACCAGAUUCUUGACCUAAAGAACAAAGAAGGAACCAAGGUGAUUUUCAGUGCAGGAAUUGGAGAAGGAGACUUUAGCAUUGGACCUUUCAACACAGAUAGAACACUAAUCUACAGAAGGGUGAUUGUGAACAUCGGUAACGCCUACAAUGAAGCCACAGGUAUCUUCACUGCACCUGUUUCAGGUGUCUACUACUUCAACAUUUUCUAUCAUACUGGACCGACACAUGGAGUACAUCUGUCGAUCUACAAGAACUCCCAGCUGAUGGUUGUGACAAGUGAACAUGGAUCAAGCCCUGAUCGUAAUGAUACUGGAGGAAACUCUGUGUUUCUGCAGCUGCAACCAGGAGACCAUGUGUACGUGCGUUUGGCUGCAAAUAAGUAUGUUUGGGGAUCAGACCACCAUACAACUUUCAGUGGAUUUUUGGUCACUCAAAUGUGA